AUGGAUGAUGGGCUGACCUUGCAGCGGUGUCAGCACGAAGAGUCCGUGCUGCUCGCAUCAUCCGUAACACCACCGCCUCUUCACGUGGCUGUGACUCGUUCCCAGGACGUGCCCUCCUUCGGUCCUCCUAUCCCCAAGGGUGUGACCGCCGCCUUCCCCAAGUCCAGCGUCUUCAGGGACUUCCUGCUGGCCAAGGUCAUCAACGCAGAGAACGCCGCCCACAAGUCUGAAAAGUUUGGUGCCAUGGCGACACGCACGCGACAGGAGUAUCUGCGGGACCUGGCAGAGCGGCACGUGACCAGCACGCCGGUGGAGCCCACGGGGAAAUUCCCCUUCAUCUCAUUGGCUCACAAGCGGAGAGAGAGGGUACGGCCGUACAGCGGGGCAGAGCUAAGGAGCCUAGGGGCAGUGACAUGGCCGGUGCAUGCGGAGGACCAGGUAGCCGGGGCGGAGAGGGAGUGUGUACUGGCCAUCUCCAACGAUUUCCUCAUCCUAUUGGAUCAGGAGGCUAAGGCUGUGGUCUUUAACUGUGCCACGCACGACGUCAUUGGCUGGUCCUCGGGCAGCCCCGCCUCCAUGAAGAUCUACUAUGAGCGUGGGGAGAGUGUGUCGCUGCGCUCCAUCAACAACAACACAGAGGACUUUGGAGAGGUGGUGAAACGCCUGGAGCUCAUGUCAAAUGGCAGCCAGACCACAGAGAUGACCCUGAGGAGGAACGGCCUGGGCCAGCUGGGCUUCCAUGUAAACUUUGAGGGCAUCGUGGCAGAGGUAGAGCCCUACGGGUACGCCUGGCAGGCGGGGCUGCGCCAGGGCAGCAGGCUAGUAGAGAUCUGUAAGGUUGCCGUGGCAUCGCUGUCCCACGAACAGAUGAUCGAUCUCCUGAGGACCUCUGUCACCGUCAAGGUGGUCAUCAUACCCCCGCACGAGGACUCCACCCCUCGAAGAGGCUGUUCAGAGCUGUACCACAUGCCCCUGGUGGACUAUAAGAACCACAAGGAGGGGAUGCCCUAUGAGUUUAAAUUCCCCUUCCGCAGCAACAACAACAAGUGGCCCCGCACCUCCUCCAGCCCCCAGAGCCGCACCACAGCGGCCCUGGGGGGGACGCUCAUCAAGGCCCCGGCUUCAGACUACCAGGAGCCGACCGGAGUCAUCCCCCGCAGUGUGUCCAGCGACGGGCGCCCUCUCAACGCUAAAAGGUAUUCCCCAGGGAAUGAUAACUAUGCCCUGGCUUGUUCCAUCGUGAUGGGCCGCUCUCCACACACCCGCAAAGCCCCUACCAGUCUCUCCUACAUAGACACUGGGAGCGCAGGCUCCAACCACUGGAGACAGAAGUCCAUGCCAGACGGGUUUAACAACAAUACCCGCCACUCCCCUGUGUCUGCUGAGCGUCAGGGAGUGGGAGAGGGGUCUAACGGGACUAAGCCUGCCACUGGAUGGCCCCGAGCGGUGGAAGGGGAGCUGGCCGACAGGGGGGCUGAUAGAGCAGACCCAGCUGUAUCCAAGGCUGCAGUAACUCGUCUCCAGCAGCAGGAACAGGGGACACACCUGUCUCCCAACAAGAACAUCAAGGUGGAAGCUUCCUACUCCUCCAGCCAAUCAGGCAGCAACACACUGUCCAGUAAUGCCUCCAGCUCUGCCCACAGUGAUGAAAAGUGGUAUGAGAUUGGCUCCAGCAGGACAGGGGUACGGCCUGACUCAGAGCUCAACGGCUACCUACAGGGGGCAUCCACAGACAGCGGCAUCGAUGCUACCUCUUACGGGGCCACAGGGUCCGGGGGUUCCAGAGCCAAAGAGCGGCGGACCCAAGAGACCUCUCCUUCAGCCCCAGACUCCCCCGGCCCCCCAGGGAGCAGCGCAUACCCAGCCCAGAGCCCCCUUGUAUUCCCCCCAGCCCCGGACAGUGGCUCCUACACCCUCAGUGAUGCUGCGUCCCACUCCAGUACUCUGAGCUCGGGCCAGUCUGGCAGUCCCAUGGGUCCAGGCUGCAGUCCCAGCUCCUCCCAGGAGGAGUCAGCCCUUGCCACCUCCCCCACCUCUCAGACCUCCCUCUCCCCUGGAGGCCCCAAGAGCUUCUACCCCCGCCAGGGAGCCACCUCCAAGUACCUGAUCGGCUGGAGGAAGCCGGGAGGUACCAUCAACUCUGUGGACUUUGGCAAAACACGCAAACGUCACCAGAGUGAUGGGUUGCUGGGUGGCCAGCCCCAGCUCAGGGCUCAGCUCAGGGCCCAAUCCCCCCAGCGGGUCACCACAUCCAGCCUGCAGGAGGACCUGAAGAAACUCAUCACCCUAGACAGCCCACCACCCUCCUCCCACGACCAAAAGCCCUCUUUCCCCGUCCCCCCUCCCAGCCGGCGCUCCUUGCAGAGGACCCUGUCAGACGAGAGCAUCUACAGCGGGCAGCGGGAGCCCUCGUACAGCGGGCACAGACAGACACCCAACGACCUGCUCUUCAGCUGCUCCACCAUACCCCGYUCGCCCACCGCCCGCCACGCGCCACCCCGACAACCCUCACACAAGUCUCUGGGUGAUCUAUGUGAGUCGUCCAGCCAGGACCAGGRGGGUAGGAGACAGCAGCUGGGGGACCCAUGCCUCAUGCCCCUGCCUAACUCUGGAGCUGACCGUGCUCUGGACUGGUCCAACCUGGUGGAUGCUGCCAAGGCCUUUGAGGGUAGGCAAAUUCAGAGACUGUUAUCUGUUAAUGAUGGGAGCUCCAGCCCAGAUGUCAAAGACACCAGCCCCCAGCAGGCCGAACCCCAGGCUUCCCCACAGAGAAACACCUCGCCUGGUGAGAGCCCAGCUUGUCUGAUGGAGAAGGUGAGCCAACUGGAGUCCAUGGUGAAGCUGCUGCAGGAUGACCUAAAGAAGGAGAAGGAUGCCAAGGUGUCCCUGCAGGCCCAGAUACAGAGCCUGAGAGAGGACAACCAGCGGCUCCAGGAGGAGUCCUACAGCGCCUCGGCCAAGCUCAAGAAGUUCACAGAGUGGGUGUUCAACACCAUCGACAUGAACUGACUGAUCCAUGUGCUAUUGACAGGAACAGCUGAACACACGUGACCACAACACACUMAMACUCAAACGGAUUCACACUAUGGGUGCUCAGAACCACAGGGCUUGCUUCUUUGAUUCCUUCAUUAGAACUGAUAUUCUGCUAUUGACAUGGACCGAUUCACAGUGGAUGUAAAUGCUSUAUGAUCAACAUGAACUGUUGAUSCCAUCAUGAACCGAUCGGCCAUUAUUCUUCAACACRGUGGAUCUGUAGUACCACCACCACUAACAACUCAAUGAGAGGUGUUUUAAAGGAGAUAGAGGGAGAGAGACAGAGAUGAUCAGCAUGCAGUCCUUUCUUUAGGAUUUGCUGGCACUAUACUGUAGUGUCCCUGCAUGUCUGACAGAGAUGUAUUAACUUCCCUGGGCUAUGCUGUGGAACCUUCCCAUGUUGACCUUGUCCUUCAGAUCCUGCUCCUUCAUACUGUACUCCUCUCCACAGUGGAACAAAUUGUCCAUUGUAGGACAGUUGUGUGUUAUUUAAGACAUUCCCAGAAAGGAACCGCUCAGAAAUGUGUGCUGCGUUCAGUUCAUACACGUAACAGGUUCACAGCACGUUUAAGAGAUUGCAAAAGUCCAAGUUGCAUAUUGAAGAUUUGAGUGAUCAGCUGUUAUUUUGUUAGCAAUUUAUGGAAAAACAUGAUGGGGCUGUCGCUUGUCCCAUAGAAUUGAACUUGUCCCUUUCAGUACAAGUAUAGAAAGGUAAAGACAGGCAGUCUCUUGGCCUGUGUACUGUGUAUUGUGUACUGUGUAUUGGAUAUAGUUUAUUAUUAGUACUAUUAUGGUCGAUGCCUCUCAGUGAUGCCUCUCAGUGAUGCCUCUCAGUGAUGCCUCUCAGUGAUGCCUCUCAGUGAUGCCUCUCCCAUUGAUCCUCCAUAAAGCAAUGUAAAACAUGUUAUAGGGGGUUGAGUAUACCUCACAUACAGUACUGUACAUGACUACAGCUAGUUAACUGAUGAAAAGUACUUAACUUGCCACGUACAAAAUAUACAAAUGAAAUAAUAUGGGUGCCAUAAUGACGAGAAUAAGCUUCAAAAUUCAUCAUCAACCAAAGCUGUUCAACAAUUUAUUUUGUAAAUAUAUAUGAGCAGAAAUGUUACCACUGCAAAACACCUUAUAUUGUUUUACCACUACACACUAUGACUCUCUAUGGACUGGGCUCAUUUCAGGAGGGUAAGAUGGGCUUACUGGAUACAGUAGUUCCAGAAUGUACUAUUGGUUAUUAUAUCAAAAUAACUGGACUGACUGSGUGGAUGACUGGAAGACCAGGCGUACUGUUCAAUUCACUUCUAACUGAUGAUAUUGAUUCUACUUGAUCUAUUUGAUUAUUGGUAUGGUCCCAUCUUCGCCUACCUGCUGUAUUGGAUCCACAGUGCCAUCUAGUGAUGAUAACAUGUCAUAACAUGGAAAUACGUACUAUACUUGAUCCUGAUCCACAGCAUGUUACAAAGCCCCUGGUGCCACAUGUAUUUCAUCCUGUUCUACUCUCUGUAGAUGAAAUCGGUACUGUAUGUCAUGACAUAUAACGAUUUUAUGUAAAUCCUUAAAUGCCAGCUACAGUCAUCUAAGUCUAUUAGUAAGUAACUUGGUAGACCCUCCAUGUCUACAGUCAGUUGUACUAUUAAAACCCGCAAGCUUCCCCUUUGGUUCCCAUUCUGUACAACCUGUAUAUAUAUCAAAGGAUUCUGACGCUCAUCAUAAUUUGCACCUUCCUUCUUGACAUGUAUUACAGCAUGUGAUGAUGUUUCCUUUGAGCUGUGAUGUGUAAAAAUGUUUAUAUCUAUUAAAGAUAUUUUGUUCAAUUGUA